AUGGGUCGUGGAAACAGCUGUGGUGGAGGUCAAAGUUCACUCAAUUAUCUCUUUGGUGGUGGUGGUGAUGCUCCUCCUCCUCCUCCUAAGCCAGCUCCAGCUCCUUCUGCUGAGCCAACUAAUGCCACUGCUGCACCAGCUCCAGCACCUGCACCAGCUGCUGUGACUGCAACUGCUCUCACCACUGCUACUACGAGUGUUGAGCCUGCAGAGCUCAAUAAGCAGAUUCCUGCUGGGAUCAAGACUCCGGUUAACAACUAUGCCCGAGCUGAAGGACAGAACACCGGAAACUUCCUCACUGACCGUCCUUCGACCAAAGUUCAUGCAGCUCCUGGAGGUGGAUCAUCCUUGGAUUAUCUCUUCACUGGUGGCAAGUAA